ACAGCAGCAUCAGCAGCUUCUGCUUUCUUUCUUUCUUUCUUUCUUUCUUUCUUUCUUUCUUUCUUUCUUUCUUUCUUUUUUUCCCCCCAAUUUUAUUUAUUCUUUUGUGUUAUGAGUACACUGUUGCUCUCUUCAGACACACCAGAAGAGGGCAUCUGAUCCCAUUACAGAUGGUUGUGAGCCACCAUGUGGUUGCUGGGAAUUGAACUCAGGACCUCUGGAAGAGCAGUCAGUGCUCUUAAUCGGCGAGUCAUCUCUCCAACCUGGCUUCUGCUUUCCUUAUGUAAUGCUAGCUUCCUUCAUCACCGUAGAAGCAGAGAGAAAUCAGCUCAUAGGGUCCUUUCCAGGUUAGUUCUAGAACCUCUAGGCUAGGUGCUUGACCUGAAUUGGGUAUCUCUAAACUCAAACAAGGGACAACUGGUGAUGGACUUGGAGGUCAGUUGGGUCUCUCAGAUAGUUUCAUGACUAGGCUGUAUGGAGAACUGGAGGGCCCGUAGUGACUUGAGAAAGGAACGGUUAGAGAUUUCUGCCAACUGCUGAUGUCUGAGCCUGGGAAACGUAGGGGAGUCUUCUAGACAUAAUCUCAGAGGGUAAAGCCUUCCUUAUAUGGGGCUCAGGGGGCCCAAAGCAAAUCAAAGCAAAGCAAAGAGGUCUGUCCACCUUUGCAGGACUCUGGGUCACACAGGCAUUACACAGCCAGCGUUCCGUGUUCUGUUUCUGGUGUUCCUCAGAGGAGGGCUUCAAUGGCAUGGGGUCCUGUGGGUGUGAGGUCUUGACUAGAGUUAACGUCUUUGUUUGUUCUCAUUUGUCUACAGUGCUUAGACGGGUGGGCCAUCCUGUAGCUACAGGGUCUAAUCAGUUGGGAAAGUGUGUGAUAGAAUAUUUCAAGUUGGGUUAAAGCCCUUCUGAAGUUUUGAGACAUCUGCACCAGGCCUGGAGUAGAAGACAGAACUGUUUUAAAAGUCUGAAAUGCCUUUUGUUUAGUCUCAGUACAGUUUAGGGGUUUGGUGCACCCCCACUUUGUGCUGGUGUAUAGAGGCCUUGCUAUUUCCACAAACUCUGGUACCCAAAGACCUCUCAAGUGGUGUCUUAGUCUUGGAUUGGGAUCUGAAGAUGGCAGCACUCCGACUUGGAAACCGGCUCCCUCUGCCUCUGCUCAGGUGGGGCACAAGCCAGGCAGCCCUGAUGUAUGGAACUGGGCUUUAGUCACCAUUCUGUAGCCAAGCUCUGUAACUCUAACAGCAGUCCCUCGGUUGGCUUUUUUAUAUUCUAUUUUCCCAGGAAACCUCUGACAGGAGUGCAGGAGGUUAACACUUAGGGUCUCAUCAAACAGGGCUGGAGGAUUUUUAAAUUGUUGAGGCAACCUGGUCCAGGUAGGUGGCCCACUGUAGCUGCCCUCUGGGUCUGUCCAUUUAAAAGCAAAUAUGGAUUGACUCACUUCUGCCAAUGUGAGGCAGCCUAAGACAAUAUAUAUCUGUUUCUCUGGAAGAACCAGACUCAUGAGAAUUAGAGGUCCUAGGUUUCUUUACAGGCAGGAGAAGUAUAUCCCAGGAUGACUGGCAGGACAUCAGGAUGCCUGUCCCUCCAAGCCUGGCGACAUGGUUGGCAGUUUUCCCUUUUGUCUCCAGGGUCAUUGGGUAUUGUUAAAUAUGGAUGGAGUAGAUGAACCAAUUAGUUGAACACUUAUAGGAACUUGGUUGUAGUGGCUAUUCCUGGUUGUCAGCUUGGCUGUAUCUGGAAUGAACUACAACCCAGAAUUGGAGGGCUCACCUGUGGUCCAGAUCUUGAGGCUGGGAGAUACAAGUUUCUGACCAGGAUCUUGGCAUAGAGAUCUUUAGGUAUAGUAGCCAUGAAUCCCAGGAGACUAAGGCAAGGAGAUCUCUGAGUUGAAGGUCAUCUGGUACAAAGCAAGUUCCAGACCCAGGCUUGGAGGUACAUACCUUUAAUCUGGACCACAUCUUCUGCUGGAGACCUACAUAAGGACAUUGGAAGAAGGAAGAUUCUCUCUUCUGCUUGCCUUGUGGGGCUGAGCUACUGCUAGAUUCCAUUCACAGCUGCUGCUGACCAGUGUUGGGGAAUUGGACUGCAGACUGUAAGUCAUCAACAACUUCCUUUACUAUAUAGAUACUACCCAUAAGUUCUGUGACUCUAGAGAACCCUGACUAAUCCACUGGUCUUGGGCCAGUCCUUGAGGGUGGUUUUCUCCCAUACCCCAGGAAUCUUUGUUCUCAAUUUGAGUGAUAGUCCCACUGUAUCUUUUGAUUGGAGGUCAUCUUCUGACAAAGGGUAAGACCGAUCUGCUGGGAUCUGUAAGUCUAACAGCAUCUCAGCAGAGAAGGUGAUAGUGGCUUCCAGUUCAUGCAGAAGGCCUCAUGGCAACCAGCUCUCUGUUGUUAAAACACUUUUCGAGCUACCUCAGCAGCUGGGAUCUGUUUAUACCUUUAAAUUUUUCUAAACUUUAUAUUUUUUUCUAAUAGCUGGGACCGACUGGUUGACAAAGGAAAUCUUUUUAGUAGCUACCUGUAAGCCUUCUAAAAAGGCCCAAGCAAAAGUAGUUUAGUUUCAGACCUUGGUCAGUGCUAGACAGAAGAGAAAACCCACUCUAUCCAGCAGCAAUUCUCCCCACCUGGCCCUGGGAGGGUUUCUAUUUUUUUAGAGAAUGGUUAGGUUUUGAGUUUUCCAGUUAUAUGGAUAAUGGGUUGAAAAAUAGACAUAAACCACAAAAGACAGAGUAGAGCUUCCUCCCUCCGCCUCCACUAGGUUGCUUAGAGCAGGAGGAGGGGCAAAGGGGCUCGCCUCAGGCAGUGUGUGUGCACUCCAUGUGGUUGGCAGGGGACCUGGACGAGAGCCUAGCACCUCCCUACCUCCACAGGACCCUGAGUGGGAGUCAAACAAUAAACAAACAAGUGUUCCUGCUCUGAGAUUUGAACAGGUAGAAGCUUUUUGUGUUUGUUUGGUUGGUUGGCUGGUUGGUUUCUCUGGGUGACCUGGCAGAGCCAAAAGAAUUCAGGUACCUGAGGGGGAAUAAAUCUUAAGCCAAUUACACCAGAGAAAGCCACUGGUCAUUACAGGGAAACCAAACUAACAGAAAUAGAAAGACACACAGAGACGCACAGUAAAGACAACCAGUGGUGGCCACCACACAUUCAUAAACACGAACAGAUAGGGGAAUCUAGUAACAUCUCACAUGGGUCCUGGACACGGGAUCAGCAGCCGCCUUUAACCUCUCCCAAGUCUCCAAAUAGAAGGUGUCUUAUCUAGACUUACCUCUAGAGGUGACAGACUUUGUAACUUGGUUCCAUUUGGGGCGGAAGUAUCAGAUUCCUUAGGGUAGAGGUUGAUCCUGGGGAUCUGGAUCAUUCCAGGAUCCUACCCUGGAGGAGUCCCUUGACCACCACAGUCUUCACCACUCCAAGGGCCUCUGAGACUCCCAGUAUCUCUUGGGAUCUUGGUGGGACCUCCAGAAACGUUGUGUGGUAUCCACCAGAGAAGAAUGUUUCGACAUGUAGUUAAGCCAACAGAAAAUCUUUAUUAGCUACCUGGUGGCUACACUGGGUAUUUGGGAUUGAAGUGUGGUGGGGUUGAGGAGUCGCCUCACAAACACAGGACGCUCAUCUCAGUCAGACAGGGACAGUUUAUUGAGCAUUUGCCCCAGGACAGAUUCGAGAGCUGGCUUCGACCCUGGGUCAAGAUCUUACAGAGCUUUUAAGCCUUGAACUCAUAAACAUCUGUGACAAGUUAUUCGACCAACCAGGAUUUAGGAAUAGGGGACUUCCUUAGGAAUAUGUCUUUGUUGUACACUUACUCUGCUCCCAUUAGUUGGGUAUUCAUCUGUGGCAGGGGACUUGACCUGUCUAACAUUCAUGCCUGAACUUGUCAACCAGGAUGGGACUUGUCUUGCCUAACAUGAAUGUCUUAACUUGCCAAUCAGGAUUUCAGUUACCCCAGGACUUACCCUUUCUGCCAACUAGGAUGUCAAUUCCCAGGGAGGUCUUGGGAACUUAAACUUUAUUUGACCCCUACUCAAAGUGGAAAUCUUUUUCCAAAUACCUUCCUAUAUUGGGGCAGGUGUCUCUCCUAUGUUGGGGUCCAUUCCAGGGGCAGCUUAUAAAGGCAGAGACCAUAGAAGCUCACACACAGGUGCAGGAAGUGCUGCCUGGCGGUUGGUUUGGGUCCAAACCUGUUGUGGGUAACUCUACAGAGCAGCUCUAACUGACCUCUGUUGUGACUGGAUUCCAAGAACACCAAAGCACAGCAUUUAACAGAAUAUGCAAUCAAAUUAAUCAUGAGAAAGUUUCCUAGUAAUGGCACAAAAUGGCAGGCUAGACAGGUAAUAGUUACAAGGCCUUAACAUUUUACCUAGGCCGUAAAGCACUUAACAAGAACAGUUAGCCAAAAGUAGAAUUACAGAAAAAGCAAGAUUAUUACAUUUAGAGACAUUCCCAGAACUAUGGACUUUGAUGGAUUAGGCCUUUGUUUUAGUUUUGGCAGGUGGUGCUGUCUACGUGCUUUAUUUUAUAGCCUGACUGGUAUUGGCGCCAUGGAAUUAGAUAUGCUAAAGUCUGAGGUCUUCUAAAGUCUGGGGCCCUGUUACAAUUCCAUAACCCCUUUCUUGUAUCCUUGACUCUAAACCCAAAAUCAUGUGUCUGAAUCUGCAAAGUUCUGUUGUUUGCUGGAGUCAGAACAUGACCCCCAUUAUUCAGUUACAUCUGCAUCAACUUCUGUUUUAAUGGUUUCCUUCAUAGGUUAGAAGCUUAGCUCAGUACGGUCUUGUCCUAAGGCUACCACUCCCUUUAUUCUAUUCAGCAUCAGGCUUUUUUUUCAAACUUAAUCUCCUUGACUCUGGACUUGGCUCCACUACACUUCCUGGUGCUCCUUUUCUCUUCAAGCGCUACACUUUGUAUUUUUCCUUGUUCAGCUUUCUCCUUUUCAUAAUAUAUCUGUACAAGAGUGUCCACUGAUAACCGUAUGACACAGUCAAUGCUAGGCCAUCUUGAGAUCUCUGCCAAUGCCAUGAAGCCAAAACUCUUCAAUUCAGCCUCAGACAGAUUUCUUUGGUACAAAAAGCAGCCACAUUCUUCUCCAAAAUAUCACAAGGCCAUUUACUAAUAUUCUUUCCCUCUGAAGCCUCUUGAGCAUUGAGCAUCUCAACACUACUGUCUUUCUCUACAUUCACACUAGUAUGGCCAUUAAGCACUGCUUAAAGCAUCCAGCGCUUUCCUAAUCUAAAGUCCCAAAGUCCACAUUCCACCAGAGAGCAGCGUGGUCAGGCCUGUCUCAGCAAAACGCCAUUCCCAGUACCAACUUACGUCUUGGUCAAUAUUCCAGUACUUUGAAGAAACACCGCGACUGUGACAACUCUUGCAAAGAGAAGCAUUUAAUUAGGUUCUACUUACAGGUUCAGAGGUUUAGUCACCACAUCACAGAAGAAAAUUUGCCUAACCUAAAGGAGAUACCUACCAAGGUACAAGAAGCAUACAGGGGGGCUGGGGAUUUAGCUCAGUGGUAGAGCGCUCGCCUAGCAAGCGCAAGGCCCUGGGUUCGGUCCCCAGCUCCGAAAAAAAGGAAAAAAAAAAGCAUACAGGAUCUAAAAAUAAAUUCUCCAUAACACACUAUAAUAAGACACCUAAACAUACUAUACAAAGAAAAAAUAUAUUAAAAGCUGCAAUGGAAAAAGACCAACUAACAUAUAAAGGCAGAGCCAUUUUAUUAACACCUGACUUCUCAAUGGAGACACUAAAGUCCACAAGGGCCUGGAAGGAUUGUCUAUAAACUCUAAGAGACCACAGAUACUAGUCCAGACUUCUAUACCCAGCAAAACUAUCAAUCAAAUAGACAGAGAAAGAUAAAGCCAAAUUUAAGCAGUAUCUGUCUACCAACUGUCUUCCAGCUACAUAGAAGUCACAAGAAGGAAAACUUCUAUGUGAAGAGGUUAACAACACCCAAGAAAAUGGAAAGAAUACAUAACCCCAGGCCAAUGAAUCAAAAGAGGAAAAAAAUCCACACCGUAAUAACAAAAUAAUACAGAUCAAUGAACACUGCUGUUAUGGUUUGCAUAUGCUUGGCCCAGACAGUGGCACUAUUAGAAGGUGUUGCGUUAGAAGGAACAACCAUGAGCCUGCCCCACAUGUGGCCCAUACAUAUACAGCCACCAAACUAGAUAAGAUGGAUGAAGCAAAGAAGUGCAGGCCGACAGGAGCUGGAUUUAAAUCUCUCCUGAGAGAUACAGCCAGAAUACAGCAAAUACAUAGGCGAAUGCCAUCAUUAAACCUCUGAACUGAGAACAGGACCCCCGUUGAAGGAAUCUUAGAAAGGACUGAAAGAGCUUGAAGGGGCUCGAGACCCCAUAUGAACAACAAUGCCAACCAACCAGAGCUUCCAGGAACUAAGCCACUACCUAAAGACUAUACAUGGACUGACCCUGGACUCUGACCUCAUAGGUAGCAGUGAAUAGCCUAGUAAGAUCACCAGUGGAAGGGGAAGCCCUGGGUCCUGCCAAGACUGAACCCCCAGUGAACGUGAUUAUUGGGGGGAGGGCAGUAAUGGGGGAAGGAUGGGGAGGGGAACACCCAUAUAAAAGGGGAGGGGGAGGGAGUAAGGGGAUGUUGGCCCGGAAACCAGGAAAGGGAAUAACAAUCGAAAUGUAAACGAGAAAUACCCAAGUUAAUAAAGAUGGAGAAAAAAAUUUUUUUGAUAAAUUUAAAUAAGUUGGUUGGGGCUGGAGAGAUGGCUCAGCGGUUAAAAGCACUGACUGCUCUUCCCGAAGUCCUGAGUUCAAUUCCCAGCAACCACAUGGUGGCUCACAACCAUCUGUAAUAAGAUCUGAUGCCCUCUAGAUCUGAUGCCCUCUUCUGGUGUGUCUGAAGAUAGUGUACUUAAAUAUAAUAAAUAAAUAAAUCUUAAAUAAGUUGGUUGUUGUUUAAACUGAUUGUCUGUUUAAGUAAGGGAAUAAAUAUCACUUUAAUUUUCAAAAAAAAAAGGUGUUCCCUUGUUGUAGUAGGUGUGACCUUGUUGCAGUAGGUGUGGCCCUGUUGGAGUAGGUGUGUCACUGUGAGGGUGGAUUAUAAGAUCGUCCUCCUAGCUGCCUGGAAGCCAGUAUUCUGCUAGUAGCUUUCAGAUGAAGAUGUAGAACUCUCAGCUCCUCCUGCACCAUGCCUGCCUGGUGUGGCCCCAAUUAAAUCUUGUCCUUAUAAAAGUGGUCUUGGCCAUGGUGUCUGAUCACAGCAGUAAAAUCCUAACUAAGACAACUGCUAACUGAUAAUUCUCAACAUCAGUGGUCAAUUCUUCCAAUAAAAUGACACAGACUAACUGAUUGAAUAAAAUAACACAAUCUAUCUUUCUCCUGCACUCAAGAAACACACCUUAACAUCAGAGAUAGACACCAUCACAGAGUAAGACUGGAAAAGGGUAUUCCAAAUGGUCCCAGGAAACAAGCUGGUGUAGUCAUUUUAAUAUAUGAAAAAAAAAUAGACUUCGAACCAAAACUAAUCAGAAGACCCAGGGAAAGAUACUAUAAACUCAUGAAAGGAAAAUUCCACCAAGAGGAUAUUUCAGUUCUAAACAUCUAUACACCAAAUGCAAGGACAUCCAAGUUCAUAAAAGAAACACUACUACGGCUAAAAUCACAUAUUCACACACACAGUGAUAGUGUGAGAAUGCAAUACCCCACUCUCUCAGAAACAAGUCAUCCAGACCAAAACUAAGUAGAAAAAUGCUGGGGUUAAUCAAUGCCAGAAUUCAAAAGAAACUAGAAGACAUUUACAGAACAUUUAGCUCAAUACGAAAGAAUAUACUUCUCAGUAGAUCAUAGACCUUUCUUGAAAACUUACCACGUACUUGGGCACAAAAUAAGUCUUAACAAAUAAAAGAAAAUUGAAAUAACACCCUGAAUCCCAUCUGACCACCAUGGAUUAAAGCUUAAUAUCAACAACAAUAGAUUUUGUUUUGUUGUUUGUUUUGAGGCAGGAUUUCUCUGUGUAACAGCCCUAUCUAUUCUGAAACUCACUUUGUAGACCAGGCUGGCCUCAAACUCACAGAGAUCUGCCUUCCUGUUUCCUGAGUGCUGGGAUUAAAGGUGUGGGCCACCACUGCGUGGCUAACAACAACAUCAAAUUUAAAAACUCUUAGAAAUUGAACAACUCACUGAAUAAAAAAAAUGGAUUAACAUAUAAAUUAAGAAGGAAACUAAAGACUUUUUAGUAUCAACCUAAAAUGUGAAAAUGAAAUCACAACACAAACAAAUAAAGGUGGUUGGUUCUAAGAGUCAAGUUCAUUGCACAAGUGCGUACACAAAGAAAAUGAAUAGAUCCUUAUAUUAACAACUUAAUGGCACACCUAAAAGACUUAGAACAAAACAAAUAAGUGACACCUAGUAGAGGGGAAAAAAUUAAUCACACUCUGGACUGAAAUAGAUCGAAUUAAAAAAACCAAAAUUGUUUACAUAGACUCAAUGAAAUAAGAGUUGGUUAUUCAAGAAAAUCAGUGAUUUUUUUUUUCUUUUUUUUUUUUUUCCGGAGCUGGGGACUGAACCCAGGGCCUUGCGCUUACAAGUGGUAUACACUGAGCUAAAUCCCCAACCCCGAAAAUCAGUGAUAUUUAUAAUUUUAGCCAAAUUGAAAGAUAGAGAGAAAAGAUUCAAAUUAAUAAAAUUAGAGACAAAAAGAGCACAUCACAACAGAGGAAACUCAGAGAAUCAUAAAGACAUACUUUAAAUCUGUAAUCUACCAAACUAAAAAACCUAAGAGAAACGGAUAAUUUUCUUGACAUAUACCACUUACCAAAGUUAAAUCCAGAUCAGAGGGGCUGGGGAUUUAGCUCAGUGGUAGAGCGCUUGCCUAGCAAGCUCAAGGCCCUGGGUUCAGUCCUCAGCUCAAAAAAAAAAAAAAAAAAAAAAAAAAUCCAGAUCAGAUAAGCAAUCUAAACAGACACAAGACCCCAGGAAAAUAGAAGCAGUAACCAAAAGACUCCCAAAGAACAGCAACAAAAAAUAAAACAAAACAAAAAUUCAGGGCAAAUAGACUCAGCACAGAAUUCGACCAGAACCUCAGGAAAUAAUUGUUACUCCUUCGCAAACUAUGUCACAAAAGAAAAACAGAAGAAACACUGCCUAAUUUUUUUAAUGAGGCAUUAAUUAGUCUGAUACCUAAACCACACAAAGACCCAACCAAAAAUAUCUACAAACCAAUUUCCCCAAUACACAUAAAGAGUCAACGAAAAAGAAAAUUACAAACCAAUUUCCCUGAUAAACAUACAUACAAAAGUUCUCAAUAAAAUACUUGCAAACAAAAUUCAAGAACACAUCAAAAAUUUCAUCCACCAUGAUCAAGAAGGCUUCAUCCAAGAGGUGAAGGGAUUGUUCAACAUUUGUACAGAAUAAAUGUAAUCCACCAUAUAAACAAAUUAAAAUUAAAGACAAAAACCUCAUUGCAGAGAAGGCCUAUGAAACAUCUUUCCAUGAUAAAAGAUCUCAAGAGAUUAGGGAUCAAAGAGAGAUACCUCAACAUAAUAAAGGUGACGUACAGCAAGCCUGUAGCCAGCAUCAACUUAAGUGGAGAGAGAGAAACUUGAAGCAUUUUCCCUAAAAUUAGGAACAAGACAAGGUCAUCUGUUCUCUCCAUACCUAUUCAAUGUGGGACUUGAAAAACAGCUCAAGCAAUAAGACAAUUGGAAGAGAUCAGGGGCAAUGAUAGGAAAGGAAGAAGCCAAAGUAUCUUUGAAUUCUAUCUAAAAGUUCUACCAGAAAACCUCUACAGCUGAAGAACCCUUUCAGCAAAGUAGCAGAAUACAAAAUUAACAUGCAGAAACCGAGAGCUUUCCUACAUACAAAAGUCUCAUGGACCAAGAAAGAUAUCAAGGAAACAAAACUUUUUGCAAUAAUUUCAAAAAAUAUUUUGGGGCAACUCUAACCAAGCAAAUGAAAGACUUGAGUAACAAAAACUUUAAGACAUUGAAGAAACGAAUUGAAAAAGAUAAAAUAUCAGAAGAUGAAAAGAUCUCCCACGCUUGUGAAUUGGUAGGAUUAAUAUAGUGAAAAUGGCCAUCCUAUCAAAAACAAUCUACAGACUUAAUGCAAUUCCCACCAAAAUUCCAAUACAAUUCUUCACAGGAUGAUUUUCAGCGUCAUAUGGAAACACACACACACACACACAUACGCACACACACGCACACACACCCCACACCACAGGAUGGCUAAAAUAAUCCUGGAUGAAGAGGAACUGCUGGAGACAGCAGCGUCCGCAGUCUCAGGAUGGACCUCGGAGCUAUGGUAGUAAAACAGUGUGGCACGGGCACGAAGCAAACGUGCUGAGCAGUGGGAUCAAACUGAAGACCCAGACCUCGAUAUACAGACCCAUGGACACCAUAUUUUAAACAAACCCAGAAAUAUUCGCUGGGAAAAAGACGGCAUCUUCAACAAAUGGUGCUGGUUAGACUAGAUGUCUGCAUGUAGAAGAAUGCAAAUUGGUUCAAGUCUAUCAUCCUGUACAAACCCCACGUCCAGAUGGAUCAAGGACCUCAAUACGAGGCCAGAUGCCCUGAACUUGAUAGAAGACAGAGUGAGAAGCAGUACUGAACUCAUCGGCACAGGAAAAGACUUCUUGAGCAAGAACACCAUUAACACAGAUGCUAAGAUCAACAACUGAUAAAUAGAACCUCACAAAACCGAAAGGCUUCUGUAAGGCAAAGGACACUGUCAUUCGCACAAAUAAGUAGGCUGCAGAAUGGAAAAAGAUCUUUACCAGCUACAUCAGACAGAGGGCUAAUAUCCAAAAUAUAGAGCUAAACCCCAAAACCCACAAGGACCCCCCCCCUGAAAAUCAAGAAAACAACUCAAUUAAAGAGAGGGUACAGACUAAAUACAGCCCCCAAAAAAGGAAACAUAAAUAACAUCUUUAACUCAACAUCCUUAGUCACCUGGGAAAUGCAAAUUGAAACUACUUUGAGAUUCCGUCUCACACCAGUCAGAAUGGCAAAGAUCAAUAAAACAAAUGGCAACUCAUAUUGGUGAGGGUGUUGGGUAAGGGAAACUCUCUUUUAUUGAUGGUGGGUGUUGGAAUAAUUUUUUUGUAUGCUGUAUGAGGUGUGUUUCUGUCCUUCUUCACCUGCCCAAGGCAUUCUCUGAUUGGCUUUAAUAAAGAUCUGACAGCCAAUAACUGGACAGGAAGUAGAAGGCGGGACUUCCUGGUAGAGAGAGGAUUGUGGGAAGAAUCAGGAGCAGGAGGAUUCCACAGUGUAACACCGAGGUGGAGGAAACAGGUGCUGGGUCUGAGAGAGGUAGCAGGCCACGUGGCAGAUAUAGACUAGAAUAAACUGGUUAAUCUAAGUUAGACGAGGUAGUUGGGAGGUACCCAGCUAUAAUAAAAAGGCUCCGUGUCAUUAUUUGGGAGCUGAUGGGUCGAGACAACCUGGCAAUAGGUGUGAGUGUAAACUACACAAUCAUUAUGGAAAUCAGUGAGGCAGUGCCUCAGGAAACUGGGAGAUCUACCUCAAAACUCAGCUAUACCACUCUUGGGCAUAUAAAAGACUACAUCCUACUGCAACAGUGGUUCUCAACCUGUGGGUCGCAAUGCUCUUGGAGUUGUUGAAUGACCCUUUCACAGGGGUCACCUAAGAUCAGAAAAAAGAUAAUCUGGGGGUUGGGGAUUUAGCUUAGCGGUAGAGCGCUUGCCUAGAGAGCGCAAGGCCCUGGGUUCGGUCCCCAGCUCCGGAAAAAAAAAAAAAAAAAAGAAAAAAGAUCAUCUAUAUUACAAUUCAUAACAAGAACAAAAUUGCAUCUAUGAAGUAGCAAUGAAAAUAAUUUUAUGGUUGGGUGUACCACAACGUGAGGAACUGUAUUAAAGAGUGGCAGAAUUAGGAAAGUUGAGAACCAUUGUACUACUGAGAAAUUUGCUCAACUGUACUCACUGCUACUCUAUUCGUAGUAGCCAGUGUUGCAGGAUAGUUGGUGAUUGUACAAAGAAAACUAAGUGUUAACAAAACAGGGAAGCCUAGAAAGAUACUGUUUGUCAGAGGUAGGUAGGUGUGUCUGGAAGAGCUGCAGUUUGGGUGUUGCCUCUAAAGGCCUAGUAGAUAAGAAUGCUAAAGAAUUAAAAGUUCCUGCCCAUUUCAAGGCAAAUUGCUUGGGUGAGGUCUUUGGUCUCUGCUCUACGACCUGAAGCAAAGUCAGCUGGAUGGCCUUGGGUUGCCCCACUGUACAGGUGACAUGGUUUGGCCCCCACUGACUUGGCUUGGAGCCACUACCACCACCAUGACCGUGGCCUGGCUCAGCCUGGCCAGGGUGUAAGGAGGAGCUAGAGACGUCUUUUAUAGCAAUGGACCUUUGAGAGAGCUCUACUGGCUUUGUUUUUGUGGGGCUUUCUCUCUAGGGAUUCGUUCCUUGGGCUAGCAGGAACCUCAGAGAAGCAGCUGGCAGGACGCAGGUGAAACGGGAUUCUAGGGGCCCUCUUGGGUUUGGAGGAGCUCAAGAGAAAGGUAGACAGAUAGAAUGACACAGACAGAACGAUUUCCGUAGCACUAGCACUUUAGUUGUAGAAUCAGGCUGGUAAGAGACCUUUUGUUAGGAAAAUAAAGUUAGUUGCUGAGCUAGCAGGUUUCUACCACAGCUUCCGCCUCCAGUGUCUUUAUGGGAAUAAAUAUUAAGUAAACCUAAAAAGAUAAUUAUUACAAACCAGGAAUUGGAAACACCCUUGAUGCCUGUCUAAGGGUUUCUAUUGCUAUUGCUGUGAAGAGACACCAUAGCCAAGGCAAUUCUUUUUUUUUUUUUUUUUUUUUUUUUUUUGGUUCUUUUUUUCGGAGCUGGGGACCGAACCCAGGGCCUUGCGCUUCCUAGGUAAGCGCUCUACCACUGAGCUAAAUCCCCAGCCCCGCCAAGGCAAUUCUUAUAAAGAAAAAUUUAGCUGGGGCCGGCUUACAGUUCAAAGGUUUAGUGCAUUACCAUCACAGCGGGAAGCAUGAGGCAUGCAGGCAGCUGUGGUACUGGAGAGGUAGCUGAGUUCUACAUCUGGAUCCAAAGGCAGCAGGAAGAGGCAAUGAACCACUAAGCCUGACUUGAGCUUCUGAGACCUCAAAGCCUGCCCCCAGUUAACCACUUCCUCUGAAAAUGCCACGCCUACUCCAACAAGGCCACACCUCUCAAUAGGCCUAGUCCCGAGGAGCCUAUGCGGCCAUUUUCAAACUACCACGAUGCCCAUCAGUAGAGGAAUGAACCAGGAAAAUGUGGUAUAUUUACACAAUGGCAUAUUAUUUGUUACAAAAAUGAAAUCAUGAGAUUUUUUUUUUCAGGUGAAUGGAUAGAAGUAGAAAAAAAGUCAUCCCGAGUGAGGCAAUGAAGAAUUAAAAAGUCAGAUAUGGUACUGUGAUGCUUGGAGUGGGCAUGGCUCCCAAAGGCUCAUAUAUUUGAAUGCUUAGCUCCCAGCUGAUGAACUGUUUGGGAAGGAUUAGGAGGUGUGACCUCUUGUAGAAAGUGUGUAACUGGGGAAGGGCUUUGAAGUUUCAAAAGCCUAUGCCAGGCCUAGUGUCUGUCUGUCUGUCUGCUGCCUGUGUGGAUGAGGAUGUAAAACUCCCAGCUACUGCUCUGGCAGCAUGCCUGUCUGUUCCCUGUCCAUGAUGAACAUGGCCUAACCUCUGAAACUACGCAAGCCUUUAACUAAAGGCUUCUUUCUAUAAGAGUUGCCUUGGUUAUGGUGUCUCUUCACAGCAACAGAGCAGUAACUAAACUGGGUAUAUAUUCUUUUUUAUGUGGAUAUUAGCUUUUAAGCCUUCAGUAGGCAAGUUACUAAGUGAACAACUGCAGAGGUUAAUAUGUAGUGAGGAACUAGAGGGGAGAGAAGAAUCCCCCCCCCAAGGAGGGGAAAAUAGGAUACAUAGAGGAAAACGGCAGGGAGGAGGCUGGAACUGGAGGAGAGAGUGGAGAGAGGAGGAAAGAUGGGGUAAGGGAGGAAGUGUAGGGAGGGCAGCUAACAGUAAGGUCAUUUGAAUGGGCCAUGGAAACCUACUGAAGUAGAAGCUUCUGAAAACUCUACACCCUACCAGAGGAGAAAGUUAAACACUAACUCGACUCAAACCCUUUUACCUACAUCUGUGACGUUCCUGCAUGGUAACAGUGGCAUAGAUGUUGCUGGAGAAACCAACCACCAAGCAGUUGGAUCUAAGGCCCACACCACAUGACAGAACCCAGGCCUGUUCAGGUGGACAUGAAUCUGAAACUACAUAGGCCAUGGACCUAGGGAAAAACCAAAUACUAUUGUUCUGCUAAAGUAAAGAAGCAAUAACAUGUGUCCUAAGAACAUUCUGCUCUAGAUCAGUGCGUAAGGUAAGUGACCUGGAUCAGUGUCUCCCUCGGCUAUCAGCAGAGAGGCCGUCUCCUGCAGUAAUUAGCAAAGAGACUUGAGGCUGAAUGGUGUGUAGAGUGGGAGAGGCCUUGGAACACUUAGUCCUAAGUGGGAUGUCACCAUCAAAUCCUUCCCCUCAGGGCUCAGAGAACUCUGAGGAAGGGGACACACAAAGAUUCUAAGAGCCAAAGGAGAUGAAUGGUACCAAGGAAAUUGUCUUCCAGGUACAACAGAGCCGAUGAACACACAAACUCAGAGUCCGUGGCAGCAUGCAUUGGGUCUGCAUAAAUCCAAACCAGAUGCAGUUCCAGCACCAAGACAGAGAAGUAGGCAUAAGCUCCCAUCCCCAACAAAGGAACGACCUCCAACUGACAACUGCUUGCAAAGAAAAAAUUGGUUUCCUCAAGUCUCAGUGGCCAAACAACUACACUUAAAGGCAGGUCCUGUGCCAGCAGCAGAUGUCCAGCACAAAACAAACUCAAAGGAAUCUGUCUUAGUUAGGAUUCCAUUGCUGGGAGGAGACACCGACACAAAGGCAACUCUUAUAAAGGACAACAUUUAAUUGGGACUGGCUUUCAGGCUCAGAGGUUCAGUCCAGGAAGCACAGCAGCAUCCAGGCAGACAUGGUGCUGGAGAAGGAGCCAAGAGGAGACUCAAAUUCCACACUGGGUAUAGCUUGAGUUUAUGUAUGAGACCUCUACCUCCAAUGACCACACCUCCUAAUAGUGCUACUCCCUCUAGGCCAAGAAUUCAAACACAUAAAUUUUUUUUUGGUUCUUUUUUUUUCGGAGCUGGGACCGAACCCAGGGCCUUGCGCUUCCUAGGCAAGCGCUCUACCACUGAGCUAAAUCCCCAACCCCCAAACACAUAAAUCUAUGGGGGCCAAAGCUAUUCAACCCACCACCUUUCACUGCCUAGCUCCCACUGGCUUGUAGCCAUAAUUUCCAAUGUUUCUUAGUAAGGGUCUUAUUGGUCAUGGUGAACAGACACCAUGAUCAAUGUAAGUUUUAUAAAGGACAACAUUUAGUUGGGGCUGGCUUACAGGUUCAGAGGUUCAGUCCAUUAUUAUCAAGGUGGGAGCAUGGCAGCAUGUAGGCAGGCCUGGUGCAAAAGGAGCUGAGUUCUACAUCUUCACCCAAAGGAAGCCAGGAACAGACUGAGCAUCCUCAGGCAGCUAGGAGGAGGGUCUCCAAGCCCACCCCACAAUGACACACUUCCUCCAACAAGGCCCCACCUUCUAAUAGUGCCACUCCCUGGGCCAAGCAUAAGCAAACCAUCACACAAUGCAUUUAGUCUAACUUCAAAGUCCCCAUAGUCUAUCAUAAUCUCUAAAAGUUCAAAGUCUCAUCUGAGAUUCAUGCAGUCUAUUAACUGUAAUCCCCUAUAAAAUUAAAAUAGAAAAGCAGAUCGCAUAGUUCCAACAUUAUGGGAUAUGCAUUACCAUGCCAAAACAUCAUAAGGAAAUACUGGACUAAAACAAGACCAAAACCAGCUGAGUUAGUUCCAAACUGUAUCUCCAUGUCCAUCUGCAUAUCCAACUCUUUUCAGCUUUGUUGACUGCAACACAACUCUUUCUCUUGGGCUGGUUCUACUCCCUGUUAGCAACUUUCCCAGCAGGUAUUCCAUGGCUCUGAUGUCUUGAACAAUUGGGGUCUCCAAGGCUACUUCGACGUCACAGCUUCUUGUUCUAAUGUCUGGAAUCCACACAUGGUCUGCGGUCACAUCUCUGGCUCUGCCCUCUGUAGCACUCUAGGCUCCACCAUGCUACUGGGGAUGAUUUCUCUAUGCUGGGUUCUUCCACUGCAACUAGGCUGCACUUCCACUAACAGCUCCUUAAGGGUUCUCUUCAUGGUGCUGAAACCUCUACUUCUUUGCAUGACUCCUUCGGUCCUGGGCCUUUAACUACCACUGAGGCUCUACCUUGACCCAUGGCUUUUCCUGGCCUCGUGCAUCAGCUGCUCUCCAUGACCCUUCCAUGCCUUCAUAGCCAGUUCUACAUGGGUGACUCUUGCACACUCCCAAGUCUGGCUGCCAGCACAAGAUCCUUGACUGUACAGCCAGAACCACAUAGCUGAAAGAUGCUAAGGUCUACUGCUUGCUGGGACUGGAACAUGACCCUCUUGUUCAAAUACAUCUUCACCGGCUUUCUUCUUUGCAAUGGUUUCCUUCACUGUCCAAGCUUGGCCGUCAUGGAACUUGCCCUGUAGACCCAGCUGACUUUGAACUCAGAGAUCUGCCUGCCUCUAUCUCCUGAGUGAUGGGAUUAAAGGCUUGUACCACCAUUCCUGUACCUAAACUUCUCUUUAAUUCCUUUUUAUUGUAGAUCUUUAUAAGCAUGAUCAUUAUGCCUCGAGAUCUGGAUUAAAUGUGUGUGUGGAUCUGGAUCAAGACUGGGAUCAAAGGCAGGCUGUCUUCCUGCUUCAAGGUCCAGAUCGCGGGUACACCCUCCAUUUCAAGACUGUAGCUCAUUCCAGACAUAGUCAAGUUCACAACUGUGAAUACCCAUCGCAACCCAUCCCUUGUCAACCUGACGCAACAUCAUAUCUCCUGUGUCUAAGUGAAAACAGUAAAAAGGUCAUCAUAAUGCCUAGUAAAUUUAGAUUAGGUGGCAAUGUCCCUUUUUCAACAUCCCUUUCACAAGAUGGAGCUUAGGUGGGUGGGAUCAUGCUCCAAAGUCACCACUCUCUUAAUUUCAUUUAGUAUCUUUAAUCUGUUACCUUCUUGUAUACAGGAUUUAGCUCCAUCCCACUUCCUGGUGCCCCUUCAACCCUUGAAUCAUACGUUUUGUAUUUUCCCUUUCUAAGCUUGCUACACCUGAUCAAAAUGCUCUACAUAAGAGUGAACGGCAGGGCAGAGUCUAUGGUAGACUUUUUUGAGACUUCCCUUGUCAAUGCAAUUAAUCUGAAUCUUUUUAUCUCAGCCUCAGGCAGACUCUUCAGACAAGCAGUUCCAUUCUUCCCCAAAAUAUCACAAGAACAGUCUCUAGGCCACAUAGUAAAAUUCUUCUCCACUAGAACCUCUUCAGCCAGACCCCCACAGUUCAAGUCAUUCUCACCACCACUAUCUCCCAUUGCUUCUACUACACUUGCCCAUUAAUCCUGGCUUAGAGCAUUCCACAGCUUUCCAAAAUCUCCAUUACUCCAAAAGUAUGGUCAGGUCUAUCACAGCAAUACCCCAGUCCCUGGUACCAACUUCUACCUUAGGGUUUCCAUUGGUAUGGAGAGACAACCUGACCAAAGCAACUCUUAUAAAGGACAACGUUCAAGUGGCUUAGUUUCAGAGGUUUAGUCCGGGAAUCAUGGCAGCAUCCAGGCAGACAUGGUACUGGAUAAUGAGUUGAGAGGUCUAUAUCUUUGGAAUAUUAUUUGGAGAUUUUUUUUUAAUAUUGCUUUGUUGGGUUAUGCUUUGAUUUUUGUUUGUUUUCUUAUAUAUAUGUCUUAAACCUUACUGGUCUUUUGCUUGUAUAGUAAGGUUUCCAAUUUUGAGGUUUUGGGCUUUGUUUCCCCCUCCCUUCCUUUCCCCCCUCUCUGUGUACUCAUGUUCCUUGUGAUCUUAGUUUUUUUUAAGUUUCAUUAAUUUGUUAAUUUCAUCUUACUUUUGUUUGUCUUUAUUUUCCUGUUUUUUUUUUUUUUUUUUUUUUGGUUCUUUUUUUUUCUUUUUUUCGGAGCUGGGGACUGAACCCAGGGCCUUGCGCUUCCAAGGUAAGCGCUCUACCACUGAGCUAAAUCCCCAGCCCCUCCUGUUUUUUUUUAAGACUUUAUAAUAUAUACAGUGUUCUGCCUACAUUCCAGAAGAAGGAACCAAAUCUCAUUACAGAUGGUUGUGAGCCACCAUGUGGUCAUUGGGGUUUGAACUCAGGACCUCUGGAAGAGCAGUCAGUGCUCCAGCCCCCUCCAAAUUUCUUACAACCAUGCUUAGAAUGGUUCAACCAUGCUUAGGAUGGUUUUAGAAGGCCCGGAUGUAGUUCAGUGGUAGAGAACUCGCCUAGCAAGUGUGUAGUCUUCUGUUCCCAUUCAGCAGAACAAAAGAAGUGGUUUCUGUAGUUACUUAAAAAGCAACAACAACAAAAACAAAUCAAAGAUAGUGUAUUAAAACACACAGGACUGGCCAGAUGGAACACUGGAUAAAGGUGCUACCACCAGGCCUGAUAACUUGAGUUCCAUCCAAGGGACCCACAUUAGAACUGGCUCCCAACGAGUUGGCCUCCAAUCUACACACGCACUUUAAGUAACUAUGAUUAAAAAAAAAAAUAGAACUCACAUUUUCUUGUCCUUACUAUUUCUGAAGGCAUCUUGUUUGACCCAAGGGUUGGUUGGUUGCUUAAUGGGGUUUUCUACGUUUUGAUGCCCAAGCUGGCCUCAAAUUCCUAGGCUCAAAGUGACCUUUGUCUUUUUGUUUCUUUCUUUCUUUUUAGGGCGGUGACAUUAAAUGGUAAAUGCACUUCUCUUGGUCUAUGUACCCAUAAAAUUUUUCAAUUAUCCAGGAGGGAAACAAUGUAAGAUUCUUCUACCAGUCUUCCAAGCAAGGACACUGAGGUUCAGAAACACCAAGUGGUUGCGUGUUGAGUAGUCCGGAAGAGCUCAUAUCCCUGGUCCCCGCAAACUCCUCAAACCCUACUAACGGCUGUUCCAGGUCACUCAGGCUCCGGACGCUCGACGACUCCCAGCUUUCCAAAGUGGGCAUUUCCGCUGGCUCCUCCCUCCGCUCCGGGUCACGAGUUGUCUCCAGGACUCCACCCCUUUGCCGGCUGAUAGGGUAACUUUCACCUUCUGAUUGGCUGUUCUUUUUGUGGCUCGCCAACCUAACCGGAUAUAGAAGCAAGGCUUCCGCUUCCACCUUCUCCCUCCUCUCCGCUCGUCCUCCGGUAGCAGCCGCCAGCACAGUGUCCGCUGCUGGGCGGGGUGUCGGCGGAUCGGUCGGUUGGUUUCGGCUUCGGUGUCGCUGCGUUUGAGUUGGGCCGUCAUGGCUGAGUUGGAUCCAUUUGGCGCUCCCGCCGGUGCGCCCGGUGGCCCCGCGCUCGGGAACGGGGUGGCGGGCGCCGGCGAGGAAGACCCGGCCGCGGCCUUCUUGGCGCAGCAGGAGAGUGAGAUUGCGGGCAUAGAGAACGACGAGGCCUUCGCCAUCCUAGACGGCGGCGCCCCCGGGCCGCAGGCACACGGCGAGCCGCCGGGGGGUCCUGAUGCGGUUGAUGGAGUGAUGAAUGGCGAAUACUACCAGGAGAGCAAUGGUCCAACAGACAGUUACGCAGCCAUUUCAGAAGUGGAUCGGUUGCAGUCAGAGCCUGAAAGUAUCCGUAAGUGGAGAGAAGAGCAGACAGAGCGCCUGGAAGCCCUCGAUGCCAAUUCUCGGAAGCAGGAAGCAGAGUGGAAAGAAAAGGCCGUGAAGGAGCUGGAAGAGUGGUACGCAAGGCAGGACGAGCAGCUACAGAAGACAAAAGCCAGCAACAGGGUGGCAGAUGAAGCUUUCUACAAACAACCCUUCGCUGACGUGAUUGGUUAUGUGGCAGCAGAAGAAGCCUUUGUAAACGACAUUGACGAGUCAUCCCCAGGCACUGAGUGGGAGCGGGUGGCCCGCCUGUGUGACUUUAACCCCAAGUCCAGCAAACAGGCCAAAGAUGUCUCUCGCAUGCGCUCAGUCCUCAUCUCCCUGAAGCAGGCGCCCCUGGUGCAUUGAAGAGCCACCCUGUGGAAACACUACGUCUCCGAUCUUAAUCCUACUCAGUGAAGCUGUUCACGCAAUUGGAUUAAUUAUGCCGAGUUCUUUUGGACCAAACCUUUUGUCUUUAGAGUUGAUCAUUGUUUGUGAUUGCAUGUUUCCUUCAACUGUGUUCUCCCUGGCAUUCAGAGAAGAGAGAGGAAGAGGAAGGGAGGGGAGCUCCCAACAGUAGCCUCAACCUGUGCUUUUGUGCAUUAUUCUGAGAAUAAAUUUCUGUUUCAAACAAUA